AUGUCGCGGUCUCCCACCAAGCGAAUCCUCACCGAACUCUCCGCCUACAACAACUCCCCUCCUUCCCCCACCCAAACGGGUAUCGUCUCUCUCGCCCCCUCCCCCUCCUCCAUCCUCUCCCUCUCCGCCAUUCUCCAAUGUCCAUCCUCCUCUCCCCCUUCCCUCGGCUACCUCGGAGGCCGCUGGCUUCUCUCCAUCGCGCUCCCAACUAACUACCCCAUCGGCGCCCCCAUCAUCAGAUUCGUAACGAAAAUCUGCCAUCCGAAUGUGAAAUGGGAGACGGGAGAGAUAUGCUUGGAUGUGCUGGGAGAGAAGUGGACACCGGUGUUGGGGGUAGUGGGCGCGCUGGAGUCGAUUGCGGCGUUGGUGGCUGGGGGAGGCGACGAGACGAGUCCGUUGAAUGUGGAUAUUGCGAAGUUGCGGGGGAUGGGGGAUGUAGUGGGCGCGAGGGCGUUGGUGGGGUGGUGGUGUGCGGAGGAGAGGUUUGAGGGGGGGUUGGAGUAG